AGUUAUCUCGUUCCACAACUCAUUUUACACAGUUUUUUUAAUAUGUUGAUAUUAAAUAAUAUCGUCAUUCGUCUAUUAACAACAAUAUUCAUCUAAUAUCUAUGCGUGUCACGUGAGCACAAUGCAUAUUAUUGCGUAUUAAAAAUUCCAAAUUCCUAUUUGCAAUCUUAAUUCUGAGUAACACAAUGUACCUAGAGCUUCUGAGCUUAAGAGGUACUUACCUACUUUAGUAAAAAUGUAAAGUUGGUUAUAGCUACCUAUUUUUACUGAAAAACUCUGAAAGGUAAUCGCUCGGCAUGUAAUGAACUUGUUGACAAUAUCUGUACACCGAAUAUGGUCCUCGUGCAAGGAAAGACGGGGACAACCUGUAAGCCAACUAGGUAAUGCGAAUGAUUGGAAACUGUCCACGUACCUAACUUACUUUCGUCGAAAGUGAAGCGACAAUAGAAACUAUGUGAACGUAUGUAUAAGUUGUAAGCCGAUGUUCAAAGGCUGGAAACAACUGCAAACUUGAAUAAACUGUCAUGUCAAACGUCCAGAGCGUGACCGUCAGAAAUAUGGCCCGCCAUAGAUAUUUAGUCUACUUGAUCAUAUGGCUGUGCAUUCUUUUUCCAGUGUUGUAUUUCAAGAUUUCUGAUCGGCCUGCACCUGAUUAUAAGACUGUGAACACAUCCGAAAACUCUUCACAUAAGUAUAAAAGAAUAGUGUCCAGAAUCGAUUACAAUGAACUUACUAAAAUUUGCAAUCCUCCCCACAUGAUCGAACGUGGUGAUGAAGGAGAUAUUGGUUUGCUAAACAACAGUCUUACAAUCCAAGGAGUAAUAAUUCUGACUAGACAUGGAGAUCGUGGACCAAUGAAUCAUGUUCGAAACAUGGCUGAUAUAGACUGCAGCAUGGAACCUGAUCAGGAGUAUAACGAUUAUACCAAAUUCUUGCAAAACAUAUUCUUCAACAUGUCAUUACAGUUUUUAGGUCCUUUUCAUGGGUACCCAUUAUAUCCACCACAAAACAAUUGUUCCAUAAGUCAACUCACCCCAAUUGGUGUAUCCCAAAUGCUGAAGCUUGGACGAACGUUGCGUUCUGUGUACCACCCUUUGCUUAGUGUUUCUAAUUCUGAUGACAUAAUAAUAUAUAGCACUAAGUACAGACGCACAUUCCAAAGUGCAUUGGCGUUCAUGUAUGCAGUUCUAUCACCAGAUGUAUUGUCCAAAGUUACGUUCAAGGAGAGUGAUAGUUAUAGUUAUUGUUUUGAUCAUUGUGCCUGUUUCAAUGUUAAUAGCUUACAAAUGAAAAUAAAACAGUCAUCUGCAAGACGAUUAAAGGGCCGUAGAGUAGUAGAAAAAAUGCUCAAACGCAUACAUAAUGUAGUGCAUCUGAUGUCUAGUAGUGUAAGGGUAGACCCUUACUUACUUAGGGAUUCUAUUAUGACAUAUGUGUGCCAUGGUGCACCACUACCUUGCUUUCAGAACGAUUGUAUAACACGUGACAACGUAGAGCAGCUUUUCAACUACAUUGACUGGGACUUGGAACGUUAUGCAAAACAUGGGCUGUUGCGUAAAUAUGGACUACUAAAAUCAUAUGGUUUUGCGCUGAAUAUUGCUAUGAACCUAUUGAAGAUGGUAUCCGAAAGUAAACCUCGUCUGGUCCUAUACUCAGGUCACGACUUGACUGCUCAAUACCUUUUAGCGGCAUUUGGAGUUCUAAAUGCCCACACUAUGUCACCGCACUAUGCUUCCCGUCUAGUAUUUGAGGUAUAUCGAAACAACACGGUUGAUACCACAUACCCCGGUAGGGACUUUUACUUUAGAGUAAUUUUCAACGGCAAAGAUGUGACCCGAUCUGUGGCCUUUUGUAAAACCCGUGCUGGCAGCUGGACUAGCUCAUCAAUUUACCUCUGCCCAAUUGAGUCUGCUAUUAGGUUCAUACAUGAUGAUUAUUUUACCACUUUCAAUGCUUCCAACUACAAGGAAGCAUGUGGCACCCGUUCUUGAAUUGUAAACCACAUGAUAUAAUAUCUUUCUUUUUCUAAAGUCACUAAACUGAAUUCAUAUAGGUAAUUGUUGUGACAUAAAAUUGUUUUUCUCUUGUUGAUGUAAAACUAUAAAUAUUACUUAUAUUAUUUUCUGUUUUAUUAUUAUACCACUGUAUGAUCAUUAAUAAUUUCACUACAUCUGAUUUUACAUAGGUAGAGUACCCUGAGUCAGUGGCGUAUUUACCGCCCCCGUGGCUCUUUAAAUACAUGUCUAUUAUUAUAUUAUAAUUAUUACAUCAUAAUCUGUAAGCUAAAAUUCUUGUCAUCCGCCCCCUACAAAAAAAUACUAAAUACGCUACUGCCCUGAGUACCUAUUUUAAAACAUAAAUUAAACUAUAAAAUGAAUUAUCAGGUCAUCAAGACAUAAUUAUAUAGUAUAUUAUUAGAUUUAUAGUUAUGGCAAUAAAUUACUAGGUGAUUAUAACAUACUGAAAUCUACCUACAUUACAAUAUUACAUCCAUAUAUCAUAAUAUAUUAUGUUAGAAUUAUAAUUAUUUCUAGUCAGUAGUUGCAUAUUGUCUUACCAUUAAUUUUUUGAUAAUAAAGAUGUACCAAAUUAUUA